AUAAUUGCAAGGCCACUGUAAUCUUUUGGGUGGUUUUCGCGAAUGGUUGGCAAUGAUUUUAAUGAAAUUCCCUUACGUUUAACAAUAGCUUACCAUGGUGCUCACCAAAAUAAUAUCACCAGUUGCAGUUUUUCUAAUUGCGGUCGAUUCUUCGCCUUUGUUGAUCAGCCACAGAUUGUCUUGGGUUACUGUGUAAAUGACAUACUAUCAACAUGUUUGGAUGAAAAUAAUUUCAAACCAUCUUUAUCAUCUCAUUGUCAAACAUCUAGUUUAUUGUCAGAUGAAAUUAUUAACAAUACAGAAUCAUUAAAUUUAUAUGCAAAUCUUACAGAUAGUAGUAAUAACUGGAAAAUAUUAACAUCAGAACUGUUACAUGGUGAUGCACUACCUGUAAAUAUGAAACCAAUAUUUCGUAUAAAAACUAACGGAGAUGUGAUUAGUAUGACUUUUGCCUCUGGGGAUAGUGCAUUUUGUCGAUUGCCCCACCGUGCAAAUAAGCGUAGAUCGUCUAUUGUUCGUGAAUCACAAGUCUCAUUAUUACUGUUGGGUUUAGCUUCUGGUGUCAUUGAAGUUUAUAAUGUAUUUAGUCUAGUAUCAAGUUCUCCACAUAUCCCCAAAUAUGUCUUGACAGAUGAUUGUACCCUUGUAUAUCUCCUCUCAGCUGCUGUAGACGGAAGUCUUCGUGUUGGUUCCGUACAUCGUGGUGGUGAAGUGAGAUUAUGGGAUUUAUGGGAUGAUGGUAAUAUGUACGGGAAAUUACAACAUAAAUUCACUAUUCCAACAGAUCAACCAUGCAGUGAAAUUCAAGGUGAAGCAUGUACAUUUGCUUGGCAUCCAUGCGGCAGGCAUGUAUUCCUAGCUGGUGAAAGAGGCCAUGGUGUUGUACUCGAUGCUGAAUCUCCUUUUUCUCGAGUCGCCUACAUACGAUCUGGUCAUUAUCAUCGAAUAUCAGUUGCAAAAUUUUCAAAAGAUGGUAGUUUAUUAAUUACUGCCUCUUAUGAUUCAUGUUGUGCUGUAUGGUCUGUACCGGAAUAUCAAUGCUUACAUCGUUUCUGGCAUAUGGGACGUGAACCCAGUAUUCCUCUUCGUGGUGGAUCAAAUGGUCAUCAUAUAUACGGUUUAUCUCUGUCCCCAGAUGAUUUUUACUUUAUUACCGUUUGCGAAGAUAGAUGUAUUCGUUUAUGGCCAUUGGCUCCUGUCAAUUCUCCAUUGAAGAUCUAUUUCGAACUUGCACUCCAAACUCAUACUAAUCUUAAAUUUCGUAGCUUAGCUUUCAGCCCAUGUGGUCGUAUAGUUGCUGUUACGUAAGUUCUUGUGUUUCUUUAUAAUUAAGGACAUGUAAUGUUGAUUCAUUACUAAACUGUAUAUAAUCAUCAUAUAUGUAGAAUUCUAAAUCAUGAAUCUUAUCAUAAUCUACUUCUUCAAUAUUAUUUAUGUUCAUUCAAGUUAUUUUGUGAUUUUGGCUUACUCAAAAAAGUAAGCCUUGAUCGGCUUAUAUCAUAAGUACAUGACGUACUUUUAUGCUUUGAAAUAAAUUACAAUUAUUCUGAAUUAUCAACUGUUAGAAGACGUUUUCCAAUACCAGAGGGAUAUACUUGUUCAAUAGAUCAUGACCAUUAUUACCUACAAUACGUUAACAACGAUAAUAAUCACUUACAUGGUUAAAAAGAGAAGACAUGAAGUUUCAUGAUCAGUUUAAUAUUCUAAAAAGUUAAAAUUGUAUUAUAACAAGUCCGUUUACUAUAACAAUAACUAUGAUAUCAGGACAUGACAAGCAUCAAUUUCCAGGGGAAACUAACUAAUUAUGUAAUAAAAAAGGUCAGUGCGGUAAUAUGUAUUAUAAAGUUUUCGAGAGCCUCUUUACACUUGUCGAAACUUAAAUUUAUUAACGAAAGUAAAAAUGUUAGGUAAAAUGAGGCUUUCCAAGCAUGAAUGAAUUAAAUUUUUAAGUGUUAUAACAAAGCAAUUUUGUUGUAGACUUGAUAGUCAAUCAUUCUAGAAUAAUUUAAACAGUAUAACUGAAUAAUAAUUGCUCACAAGCCUGAAUUAUUAACCCAAGAACAACUUAAUAGUUAAGAAAUGAGUCGUUUUAUAUACCAGAAUUUCACAUUUGAUAGGUUGAAUUUAUCAAAAACGUUUUUAAUGCUCAAUAAGUGUGUUGUAUCCAACGCUCUUGGCUUUAUUUCUGUGAAUUUAAUAACUGAACGCUGUAUAUCAUAGUGUUAUUUUCAUCAGAGUUUAUUUCAAUCCCUAUCGUACACUAAAUUUGUGUUUUUUUAUUUGGCAUAUCAAGGAACCUCUACUCUAGACAUGUUCAUGACAGACGUUUUAGGAUAACCUUAACUCGCUUAAAAUAAAAUCUAUAACGAAAAUUGUAGCCUGAUAUGUCACACUCAUCUAUUAAAUGAACGAAAAAAUGAUCGAAACUACUGAUAAGAACGGAUUGAAAACGUUACAGAGAACCUCAGCUAUUUAGGUUUUGUACUAUAUUCAUCCGCCUAGGUAUCUAAAGUCAUUUGUACUAUCAACGUUACAUAUUACAUCCACAGUAUAUAAUCAUGAUCCUUCGAGUGAAAUUCAUCAAGUUUUACUGAUGUAUUUAAAAUGAAAGCAAAUAUUUGUAGCUUAAGUGGUUUCUUUGUGCUGGUGUUGUGUCGGUCGAUAUGGAUAAGGUUUAAUUAUCAUUCUGAACAACAACAACAUCGUGACCAUGAGCGCUUUGUUUAUGUAAAAGCGAGCUGCUUUAAAAUUAUUUCACACAAGCAAUAAGUCAAUCUGUUCUGAUGAUCUUGUUUCUGACUCGUCUUCCCAGAUUUUGUUAUCUUCAGUAAAGGGAGUUUAUGAAGAUUGUUGAAUUUCAGAAUUUACAUCACGAAAUAAUUUAGUUAGAAAACCAUUAAAAAUUGGGAAGCUCUUGAAAGCUGUUUCGUUCCAGUAUGCGGUUCUCCAUCUAUGUACAUCCACUACCUCACCAAGGACGUAACUCGAGACCUCUAGGUAUUUUGUCGAGCAUUUUGUCUUCAACUUAUUGAAUUGGCUUCUCCUGGUCAACAUGUCUGACUUCAAUCAAUUUACGAUACUGUAUUUUCGUCUUCCAAUGCUAUUGGUAGGUGAACACCACUGGUCACUGCUUCUCACUAGAGCUUUUGGAAUCACCUCCUUGAGUUAAUCAUUAGUCGGCAUAUAAUUAUUAAUAAUACAUAUAGACGUUUCUAGAAAUUUUCGAAUUUUAUAGUUUACAAUUAUUGUAACCUUCUUUAUGCCUUAACGUUUCAAUUGUGUCUGUUUUGUCUGGUUGACCUCUUAAUAUGUUAUUGAUAAUCAAUCUAAUUUUUCCGCUUACAUUUUGACCUACUUUGAAUAUAGAAAUAUUUAUUUUAUUAUGUCGUUAGUAUUGUCACUAUUGUUAUAACUAUGACAAUGUGUUACCAUUAAUUUUUAACUGUAGAAUCCAUAUCAUUGAAUCUUAGAUUUCCUUGUUUAGUUAAAUGCGUGUCGUGCAUAUGUGUAGUAGUAAUAAAGUAACUGGAUUUAAAAGAGUAAAGCCUGAUUGACAACAGGAAAAUACUCUUCGCUUAUAUAUCCUACUUCAGUCUAUACAAUAGAAAUUUUAAUCAUUUUUUGUCAAUAAUAUGGUGGCUCACCAAUUUAUUGGCCUAUGUCGAUUUGACUCCAAUUUGAAAAACAAAACGAAUGAAUAUACCAUGAAUAUAAAUGUAUAUUACAUUUAGGCUAAUCCUGUUUUAGUGAUGGCGAUAAUAAGAAGUUAAAUACGGACUAAAGUGGAUGAGUUCAUUUCAUGCACUCGUUUAACCAGACAGACAUAAAAAAAUGAGGAGUGGGAAAGUGAAGCGAAACAGACUGGAGAAAGCAAUCGUGCCAACUCUCUUUUUAGCAGACAAAAAUGAGAUAAAGACAUGUUAUGGAUAACGUCAAUGAUAAACACACGCUCAUAUAAAAACAAUCAACGUUAUAAGCGAAUAAUUGACAAGGUCAAAGUGUGACUCAAAAGCUAAGACAACCAAUGUAGGCAUUAUAUAGUGCUAGAUGCUACACUGAUCACAUAAUCUGACAGAAACUCAUUUUAUCACAACCACUAUGGCUGAUAUAUCAAUGACUCUUGGUAUAUAACCUUGGUUCCUAUGUGACCAUAUAACCAUAACACAACAAGAAUUCGAGUUGAAAAUGAGGGGGAUUUAAUUCCAAUUGAUUGAUCUAAAUGAGUAUCACCUUGACUUUGAAACUUCGUUGAGUUCCAUUCUUUAGGUGGUGCACACUUUGGAACAAUCAUAAGCUAAAGAAACAUGUGUUUAGUGCUGUUACGGUCAAGCAUAUUUUUUUACUUUACAAUAAAAACAGAUUUACACCGUGAUAACACAUGAAUCGAUAACUAAUACAAUUGCUAUUUCCCUGUUGUUUUAUGCCUUAUUGAGCCUUAUAAAUAUCAAAAAACAAUACUUGACUGGUGACUGCAAUAUACUGUUAUUUACAGUUAAGGGUUGUGGAGAUUGUUGAGUUUUAUUAGUCAUGAACUGACUUAAAUUAGACCACCAUUGAAAACCUGGAAGCAUUGGACAGCCGUUUUAUCCUGGUAUGAUACUCCUCAGCAAUGCGCAUCCACGAUCCCGCACGCAGAAUAAUUAUUUAGCCAGAAACACACACCUCUUUUUAAACCAACUUUAUAUUAUAAAUGAAUAAAUGAUUUAUGUUGAUUGGUUCAACGACGGAAUUGACUGUCCCAUAAAAUUAUUCAGACAAUGUAGCAUCAUGAACCGAGAUCUAUGGUAGGGAAAUUACUGCUUUAUCAAUUGAUAGCCUAAAAUGUUGACUUUUAACUUCAGUAGUUUUUCAUCAAAUAAUUUCUCGUUUACCCUGGUUCUUCAGCUCGUAUUGUUCACUUCUAUUUGAAUUGAUCUCUAUAAACCAGCUAAACAAGCCACAGUUUUAUUGAUAAUAAAAAACAAACAAGCAAAUUUUGAUUGUUACUGAACUAUUGAUGGUUUUUUUCUCUCUUCAGUACGAAUAAUCACGAUGUACUUCUAUUUACAACACGAUCUGAAUCAAUUCGUCUUGGUACACAGUGUCUUCAUGCAAUCCGAAAAUGUGUUAUUGAAAAUCUUUUGAAGAAAACUAUGCAUCGCUCAAUUAAACAUCAAUAUCAUAAUAAUGAAUUGUCACUAACAACUAGCAAUAACAGUUACAAUACAUUAUUUCAAAAUUGCAUUUCACAAAUCCACUUACCAUCUCCAGUGAAAAAAACAAUUUUAAGGAAUUUUGUAAAUUGAUAUUUAAUGUUAAGAAGACAGAAAAAAAAAGAUGGAAAUAACAGUGAUUGUACUAUGGUGAUAUGUAUAUGUAUGUUGCUUACAUGAACUCAUUUGUUCCGUUUUUAUUUUCUCUUUGCUUUGUUACCCUUGUUUUGUUUUAGUUACCAAUUGAAACAAUUACUUUUUUUAAAAUAUUUAUUUCGUUUUACUGAAUCGAGUAACACUUUUUAUUUAUAAUAUAAAAACAAUUUAGCAUUUCUAUGAUCUGGACAAUCCAUACUCUUUGUAUCUGUGCUCCUUACCCCUAAAACUAUGUAAUUGAACUUAUGAAUGUGCAUGUUCUAUUAUAGCAUGUAAUAUAUAUAGUUUUAAUUCUAUUAAAAUAUGAUAAGUGUACUUGAUUCUGAUUGGCUUGAAAAUAUUGUCAUACGAUUGACCUUUUGUGUAGGGUGGAUCAAUAGACUGUCUACAGGUUAUCGAGCAACUAUUAUCGAAUAAAAUGAUUAGAGAUUUUUGAAUUGUAAAAUUUCUUGUUUUAGUUCUGUGUAUAUAUUGUGUGGAUCUGACUCAUUUAUGAUUGUAUUCUUGAUAAUUUGAUAGAAAUAAAUAUGAUUAGAAUUGGG